GUGACAUAACGCUAAGUAGGAAAACAUGGCGGCGGCCUGUUUGUCGAGAGUCACAAGGCUGACAAAUAAGAUCUGUAAAAGCCACCGUUUAUUCUUCAGCAGAAGUACACAGAAACGAGGAAUUGCGUCAUGUGUCGACCCUUCACAUGGACUCACAGAUGAACAAAAAGAGUUCCAAAAGGUAGCUUUUGACUUUGCAGCCAACGAGAUGGCUCCACACAUGGCUGAGUGGGACCAGAAGGAACUUUUUCCAGUAGAGACGAUGCGGAGGGCAGCCCAGUUAGGCUUCGGCGGCAUCUACGUUCAGCCCGACGUGGGGGGAUCGGGCCUGUCCCGGCUCGACACGUCAGUCAUCUUUGAGGCCUUGUCCACCGGAUGUGUCAGCACCACAGCGUACAUCAGUAUACACAACAUGUGUGCCUGGAUGAUUGACACCUUCGGCAACGCCGAGCAAAGACAGAGGUUCUGUCCCGACCUUUGUUCCAUGGAGAAGUUUGCUUCUUACUGUCUCACUGAACCCGGCAGUGGAAGUGAUGCUGCAUCCCUCCUGACCAGUGCACAGCGCAAAGGUGACCAUUACAUCUUGAAUGGUUCAAAGGCUUUCAUCAGUGGAGGAGGAGACACGGACGUUUAUGUUGUGAUGUGCCGCACGGGCGGCAAAGGUCCUAAAGGCAUCUCCUGUCUGGUGGUGGAGAAGGGAACCCCAGGCCUCAGUUUUGGCAAAAAGGAAAAAAAGGUGGGUUGGAACUCCCAGCCAACAAGGGCCGUCAUAUUCGAGGACUGUGCUGUUCCUGUAAGCAAUAGGCUUGGUGAGGAAGGGCAAGGCUUCAUCAUCGCCAUGAAAGGCCUGAAUGGAGGCAGGAUUAAUAUCGCAUCUUGUUCCCUCGGUGCCGCCCAUGCUUCCGUCCAGCUUGCUCGGGAUCACCUGCUGGUGCGGAAGCAGUUUGGUGAGACGCUGUCCAACAACCAGUUUCUACAGUUCAAACUGGCAGAAAUGGCCACCAAGUUGGUGGCGUCCCGUCUCUUGGUACGGGAAGCUGCGGUGGCGCUUCAGGAGGCCCGGCCAGACGCUGUGGCGUUGUGUUCCAUGGCCAAGCUCUUUGCUACAGAUGAGUGCUUCAACAUCUGCAACCAGGCUCUCCAGAUGCACGGCGGCUACGGCUACCUCAAAGACUACGCCGUGCAGCAGUUUCUGCGCGACAUCCGUGUGCAUCAGAUCUUAGAAGGAACAAACGAGGUGAUGAGGAUGAUCAUUUCACGUAGUCUCCUGACAGAAUCUUGACCAGUCCUUCCCGCUUCUGGAUGAAAGGUGACCACCAUGUUGGUCUUGUGCUGCUGCUGCCUUCUAAGUCACUGUUGCUCCACAGACGACAAAGGUCAAGCUAAGGCAAAGUCCUGUUUUGCAUCACAUGACUGGAACCAUACUGGUGUCCUCAGGUGGCCUUCCACUUAUGGUUUUAUUGCUGUUCCUGUAUUUUACCCCAUGACAAAAACUUUGUGCACUUUCCAUUGCAUAUUGAAAUGUCUCAGAUAUAUUUUUUGCGUGUAACACUCCGAAUAAAAUCUCAUUUUUCAUGAGGAAAAAAAGUAAAAGUAUUCUGUGAUUUUUUUGUGUGGAAUUGUUCAUAUUACCGAGGUCACUACAGAGGCGCUGUUCAUUCCGUCCUAACUCAUUUUGCUAUCUGAAGAGAGAAAUCGUGAAAUCACUGGUAUGGAAACAGGAGUUCAGGACAUUCACAGAAGGAUCCUCCUUCCGAGUUAAUGAAGUUUCUCCGAGUUGAUCAAGGAGAUGUCGUUAUAUAGGUUGCGCUACACAGCAAGUCAACGAUUGGUUACGUUUUCCUUUGCACUUUCUCAUGCACACCUAAUCACUAUAAAUUGAAAUAUGGGUAUGUACAUUAAGUGUUUACAUUUUUUACAAAUAACAAGCGUUUCUCCAAUAACCACUUGCUUCCGGCUGUAAUAUUUACGGUAUGCCUAAAUCAGUGGUUCUCAACUGGUGGGUCAGGACCCCAAAGUGGGCAGCGGAUCCAUUCUGGGCGGGUC